AUGUGGGGGAGAUCCAUCGCGGCGAGUAGACGCGCUGGUGUCUCUGUAACGAGCCGGCACACCGUCGCUCUCCGCCGAGUCUGCCCCUCAUCUUUCACUUUCAUCUCUUCACUUUCUACUUCAUCUCGAUCCCCUCGCCCACGAUUCCCGAUAUCUGCUUCCAGGAAUUAUCCCAGUCUUUCACACAUCCGAUAUUGUUCAGCCGAAGCUCGAAUCAUGGCAUCCACGGACAGAGAGACUCUGCCUGACGUGGCCAAGCCAAUCAAUUAUCAUGUCUCGCUCUACGAUUUGCAGUUUAGUGGAUCCUGGGGUUACAAGGGCGACCUGAAGAUCGACACUAAGGUCAUCCGAACUACAAAAGAGAUCGUUUUGAAUUCAAAGGAGAUUGAGGUGCAAAGUGCUGAGAUCUUAGCAUUGGAUGGCACUCUGCUCACCAAGACAAACGAUAUCACUUACGACAAGAAGCAAGAACGUGUUUCUCUGAAGUUUGCACAGGAAGUCGCUCCUGCCGAUGUCGUCCUCUCUAUUUACUUCACCGGUACUAUGAACAAUGCCAUGGCCGGCUUCUACCGCUCGAAGUACUUGCCUACUGUAGAGCCAUCUGCCGAUACACCCAAGGAGGGUGACUUUCACUACAUGCUGAGCACUCAGUUCGAGUCUUGCGAUGCCCGCCGGGCGUUCCCUUGCUUUGAUGAGCCGAACCUGAAGGCCACUUUCGAUUUUGAGAUUGAAAUUCCCAAGGGCCAGACAGCGCUCAGCAACAUGCCCAUUAAGUCAGAGAGGGAGGGAAGCCAUGCCGGGUUGAAAUUUGUCACUUUUGACAAGACACCCGUGAUGAGCACCUACCUCUUGGCCUGGGCAGUCGGCGAUUUCGAAUAUGUCGAGGCUAUGACAGAGCGCAAGUACCAAGGAAAGAGCAUUCCUGUUCGUGUUUAUACGACUCGAGGUUUGAAGAACCAGGGUCAAUUGGCCCUGGAAUGUGCCCACAAGACCAUUGACUACUUCUCAGAGAUCUUCGAAAUUGAGUACCCGCUUCCCAAGGCCGAUCUUCUGGCAGUGCAUGAAUUUGCUAUGGGAGCUAUGGAGAACUGGGGUUUGGUCACAUAUCGAACAACUGCUGUCCUCUUUGAAGAAGGAAAAUCAGACAAUCGCUACAAAAACCGCAUUGCCUAUGUCGUGGCACACGAGCUGGCUCAUCAGUGGUUUGGCAAUCUCGUCACCAUGGACUGGUGGAACGAACUCUGGCUCAAUGAAGGUUUUGCCACCUUUAUUGGAUGGGCUGCCGUAGACCACUUUAAUAAAUCCUGGAAUGUGUUCAGUCAAUUUGCGACUGAGGGUGUCGAAACAGCAUUCCAUCUCGAUUCGCUGCGAGCCUCCCACCCGAUCGAAGUUCCCGUCCGCAAUGCCCUCGAAGUCGACCAGAUUUUCGACAGCAUUAGCUACCUGAAGGGAAGCUCAGUCAUCCGAAUGCUGAGCAUUCACCUCGGUCAGGAGACCUUCCUGCGGGGUGUUGCUGACUAUCUUAAGUCUCACGCAUACGGUAACGCAACAACAAAUGACCUGUGGUCUGCUUUGAGCAAGGCUUCGGGCCAGGAUGUUCAAGCCUUCAUGAAAUUCAAGGAUCCAUGGAUCCGCAAGAUCGGUUUCCCCGUCGUUACUGUGACCGAGGAACCUGGACAAAUCAGUGUCAGUCAGAAACGAUUCCUCUCUACCGGUGAUGUAAAGCCAGAAGAGAAUGAGACCACUUGGUGGAUUCCCCUUGGUAUCAAGUCGGGCGAGAGAUUGGCCUCCGUAGAUACACGUGCACUGACUGCCAAGUCUGAAACCGUUCAAGGUGUUGGUUCAGAUGGCUUCUAUAAGAUCAACAAGGACAUGGCUGGGUUCUAUCGAACAAACUAUCCCCUUGCAAGGCUGGAAAAGCUGGGCCAGUCCCUUGGCCUUUUGAGCGAUGAGGAUAAAAUUGGCCUGCUGGGUGAUGCUGCUGCUCUGGCCGUAUCCGGCGAGGGCAACACUCCCGCCUUGCUGGCCCUCCUUGAAGGGUUCAAGGACGAGCAAAGCUCCCUUGUUUGGUCUCAGGUGUCUUCGUCGCUGGGAAAUCUCCGCUCUGUCUUCUCCCAGAACGAAGAUGUUUCUAAGGGUCUGAAGAACUUCACCAAGAGCCUGGUUGGCCCAGCCGCCGAGCGAAUUGGUUGGGAGUUCCAGGCUGAUGAAGACUACCUUGUCGUCCAACUCCGCAAGCUUCUCAUUGCCAUGGCUGGUACUGCUGGCAACGAAAGCACUGUUGCGGAAUCUAAGCGACGCUUUGACCUCUGGGCUACCGGCCAAGACAAGGCUGCCGUGCACACUAACCUCCGUGGGGCAAUUUACAGCCUUAACGUGGCAGAAGGUGGUCGAAAGGAAUUCGAGGCUGUCAAGGAUGAGUAUCUACGUACAACUUCUGUGGAUGGCAAGGAGAUCUGCCUCUCUGCUAUGGGACGCACCAGAGACCCAGUUCUUGUAAAUGAGUAUCUGGACUUUGUUUUCUCAAACCAUGUGGCCAUUCAAGACAUGCACAGUGGUGCAGGUUCUCUCGCAGCCAACUCCAAGAUGCGACACUUCCUCUGGGAGUACAUCAAGGCCAACUGGACCACAGUCCAUGCUCGGUUGUCCUCGAACAACGUUGUUUGCGAGCGAUUCCUCCGCGUGGGUCUGUCAAAAUUCGCUGAUCGCAAGAUUGGUGAUGACAUCGCUGCCUUCUUCAAGGACAAGGACACCACGGCUUACGCUCGUGCGCUCGUCAUUGUGUCGGAUAACAUCCGGACCUAUUCGUCAUACAAGGAGCGUGACGAGGAGUUGGUUCUUGAAUGGUUGCGGGCGCAUAAAUAUGUCUAA